CAGACCGUGAGGGAGGGAGGAGUUGGGUGUUGCCUCCGUCUCUGAGCCAGGAUUCCCAGUCGAGACUCAGUCCCGUUAACACGCCUCACGACACCUGGCCUCUUGCUGCUGCUGCUGUCCCGUUAACGAUAUAAACACAUACAUACAUAUAACCGACUAAACGGACCACCAUGGGAGUCGAAGGCUGCACCAAAUGUAUCAAGUACCUGCUCUUCUUCUUCAACUUCAUCUUCUGGCUUGCAGGAGGUGUGAUCCUGGGCGUGGCCCUGUGGUUAAGACACGACCCCAAGACCAGCAACCUGCUGGAGCUUGAAUUCGAUGGAAACCCCGCCCCCAGCACCUUCUACAUCAGUGUCCACAUUCUGAUCGCUGUCGGCGCAGUGAUGAUGGUGGUCGGUUUCCUUGGCUGCUACGGUGCCAUCCAAGAGUCCCAGUGUCUAUUGGGAACUUUCUUCGCCUGCCUGGUCAUCCUGUUCGCCUGCGAGGUUGCAGCUGGAAUCUUGGGCUUCAUGCACAAAGACACCGUGUCGGGGGAGAUGAUCAACUACUACAACACUGUGUACGAAAAGGCCAUGGUAGAAAGCGUAACUGAGCAGGACAAGACAAAGGCUGCCGCCUCCGUGCUCAAGGUCUUCCAUGAGACGCUGAGCUGCUGCGGUAAAGGCAAGGGGACGUCUGUCCUGACACACCUCACAGACACACUAGGCCUGACUGACAUCUGCCCCAGCUCUGGAACUACAACCGAUUGCCACAGUAGGAUCACUGAAUUGUUCACAGAUAAGAUCUACCUGAUUGGUAUCGCCGCUCUGGUGGUUGCAGUUAUUAUGAUCUUCGAGAUGAUCUUCAGCAUGGUGUUGUGCUGCGGGAUCCGCAACAGCCCUGUGUACUAAAGCGAACGGGCCGCCAGCCUGCUCGCCGAUGAAGGAGGGACGACCUCGCGUCGUCUCGGUCUUUUCCUUUUCUUUUAUAAGCAGGAAACGUCACAUAUAUUGCUUGCUGGAUUUAGUCAGCUCUUUGAGAAGACAACGUAAACCAUCCUCCAUUGAGCAUUUUAAUUACACUGUCAUCUCUUUUUUUUUUUUUUUUGUUAGUCACCGAUGCUGUUAUGCAUAUUUGACCAGUGCUAUCCUAACCUGAUAUGUAGAUAUUAUUAUCACACUGUCACACAUGAAUGACGUCCACCAGUCCCGGUGCUCUAAUCCUUUAGCGUUAGUCGUUUACUGCUUCCUUGCCUAUGAACAUGCUCUUAUAUUCUCGGUUUUAUGGAUGUUUUUUCACUGUUUUAUGUAUAAACUGUAUAUAAAUAUAUAUAUUAACAGUGCUUUAUGACUGCCUAAGCAUGGGAAUUGUAUUACAGUAGAUCCUUCUCCUGUAUUCCUCCUUGCACUCUCUGCUUGUUUGUCUUGCUCUAGACUGAACCAGAUGACGAUGCAUGUAUAUGACCGGCGCUAGUGAAGCGCUAGCGUUGGCCUCACCGUGCCACAUAGAGGCAAACACACAAGACCAUUGUCGUGGUUGACACCCACACAUCGCUGUGUGAUGUCUGCAGGAACUGACUAAAGAAGGAAUCUCAGUUAAUCUAGGAAGCUGGAACCAAAGUCAAAGUGACCUGAUGUCUGUCAUUUUGGCCCCUAUAUGGACUUGUUUGUUCAUUUGUCUCUGGCUGUUUGUUGUUCAUCACAUGUCCUAAAACUGUCCGAGUGCUCAGUCGUAUAAAACAUUUAAGGAAAGUGUUUCCUUCAGUAGCUGUCGUUAGCUGGUUAUCUUUGUAUAUGAGGAGUAGCAGGAACGGAAACGUUACCGUGCUUUUGCUGGACUGAGAAAUCAUUAUUUCACCUGCAGUCUUUAUGUGAGUGAAACUAACAAAACACUAAGAUAAAUCUAAAAAAGAGAAAAAUAAUGGUUUUAUACAACUGUGCACUUAUUUGUGGAGGCAACAUGCUUAACACUAUAAUCAAAUCAGAGGAGUCAAAUUCAGAUAUGACCCACAGCAAGUUGGCUGACAUGCAGUGUGACUGACGCUUCUGUUGCAUCCAUGUAUUGGUCGCUUUUUCCAAACAAACCUGUUGGACCGUCAGCGCAUCAGCCAGCUGACCCUGGUUGCUCUGCUCUGCAGGAAAUUAAUAGUCUGCUUGCUCGUAUAGAGGAAAACACAUGUUGAAACUGCAGCCUGUAGCCAGUGUAACAGCAGAAAAGAGCUUUAGUUUGGUGUUCUGAAUCUGCCUUGUCUGGUUGAGUCUAGUCCCGUCUCAUCCGUCGUGUCAUUGUAUGUUAAUCCCCCCCCCCCCCUCCGGCUUCACAGCCUCUACUAACCCUCCUCACUGUCACCGUUCAUCGUAGUAACUGUUCCCAGCGCAGGGCAAGAAACAGCUCAUCGGUCCGGAGCCUCCCAGCGGUUUGCACUAAGCUUUGUGACCUCUUUUGCUUAUGUUGCUUUAGCUGUUGGUUUGGCCCCUGUGUGUAUGCGACCCCAAAAAACAGUUAGAGCUAGUGUGCACAUACAGAACAGGGGUGGUGGACACAAUAUCAUGAACACCAGUGUAAUUGAAUCAAACUAUGUGUGAGAUGUAUGGAGGCCCAAUCCUGCCAGGUAAAUAAUGGAAAAAUAAAUGGAGAAACAAGUAAUGAUUAAAUUGUUGCGGUGUGUAGAUCCACUUAAACCAUUAAUUAAUUAAUUAAUUAAUUAAUUUACCAGUAAUUAACCUCUAACCAGAUUGUAUUUAACUUGUCAGUUUCGCAAAUUAAUUUCAGGGCUCAAUUUUACAAGUGGUCAUGAUUUUGCGACCGUCUCCCUCACCGUGUCUGCAGUGGUAAUAUUUGUACUAGUAUAGGGCAGCGCAGUGACAUCGGGUUGAUGCUAGAAUGGAUGGUCCAGAGGGACACUUCCUAUCCGCUGACCGAACCUGGACCACCAUUUCGGAAAAAAAAUAUGAACGGUAGUCAACGGCGAGGGAUAAAUAUUUUUUUUGAUCCUGUUUGAAUUGUGCCACAAAUUUAAAACAUAAUUUUGCAAGUCAAGAAAGUCUCAGUUUGUCGUAGUAUCAUUUUGUUUUUUUGUGAAAGCGCUCAGUGAACUACAUUUCUCGUUCGAGAGGGAGACGUCACUACGCGACUUUUGGAUGUGUCGUCUUUCUAACUAUGUAUUUUCGCAGUCUGAUACUUCAGCAGUUUUACAACAAACUGUGACUUUCUUGACUUGCAAAAUUAUCUUUUAUUAUAUUUGUGAUACAUGCUACAACUCAAACAAAUAUUUAUUUCUCCGAUGACUAUCCUUCAUAUUUUUUUCCCGAAAUAAGAUCCCAUGGUGGACUUCACCUCUCUAUAAGCUAUCCUAACCAUUACACUAUUCGUCCCUCUGGACCGUCCAUUCUAGCAUCAACCGGGACAUUGACAGCUACAGCGUUGACCACGAAUCAGUUUUAACUGCCUGCUGAAGUUCAGCCAAUCAGAGAGCUCCCGUUUAUUAGUCCAGCAGGGUUUUUACCACAUAGGUUUAAAAAUGUAUUUGUCCUGAGGUCUGUUCCUACUAGAUCCUGCUGCCGCCGUCACUUAACGCAUAACUGCACAGCGCCGCAGUGCUCACGCAUCUUAAAACACACGCUCACGUUAAAAUCAUAUCAUCUUGUGUAACCCUCCAUAUUAUCACAGGUUUUGUCAACCGAACUAAAACCAUGUCUUGUUAACAUCUCAUACUUAAACGGUAAAAAAAUAAGUGUCUUGUAGUAUUUACAGCUCUGACGUACUAACGAAAAUCAUGAAGGCUGUAGAAAGACAAUGUAUGCCUUUUUUUUUUCUUCUUCUUCUUCUUGUAUUGUGAUAUCUGUGUUUGGUACGUUGUCGAAGGAGUCCGGACAGAGAGAGGGGGGAGAUUUUGUGGCAGUGGCGACUGAGAAGAAGUCAACACAUCAGCUAAGAAAUCCUUCUGUCCAGUUUCCCCUCAAUGACGAGGACACUAGCGGUGUUUCUCUGACAGUCCUGUCCAUGUUGCUGCCUUUUUUAAUUUGGGAGCUGCCACUCAGGACCCACUGCCACUCAAAUGUCAACCCCCUUCUCUGCUCUGGUAGACUUCAGUUUGCCCAAAUAUAAAGGGAUUAAAUGUAUUUUACAAAUAAACAGA